AAUUUUCUUUUUAUCUUUUAUCCAAGCAAAUUAAUGAGAAAAUUGAGGAUGAAAAUUAAUAACAAAUUACAUCUUUUUGCAUUGCCUAACAAAAUUUCCUUUCCUCUCUUACCCUCAGCUUAUUGAUCAUCUCUUAUCUCAUUGUAGCUCUUUAGAGAUCUCCUUUAAAAAUUGAUGAUAGCAUAACAAUGGCAACAAGAAGAUCGAUCAAUAUUGAAUGAUGGAAGAUGAGGUAAAGAUAGAUUAUAAUUUAAUCUAUCCAGUAAUUAAUUAGCUAAUUUUAUUUUAAUUUAUUAUUGAAUUUGACUCUCUAAAUCAAAUUCAAUAAUUUAUUUAUUAACAAUGACAGAAUCCUUUCAAUUAUUACAAAUCAAUGUACUUUCAGCUCGAGAUCUUGCAUCAAUGGGUAAAUCUAUGCACACCUACGUCGUCGGGUGGAUCAACCCGGCCCGAAAACAAACAACUCGGAUUGACCAUAAUGGUAAUAACUGCCCCGAAUGGAAUGAUAGAUUCGUUUUUCGGGUCACACCCAGAUUACUCUCCUCUGAAUCAUCAUUCAUUGAGAUUGAAAUUUACUGUCAAGCUUGGCUCCGUGACACUCUUAUCGGGUCGGUUCGGGUAGCGAUUGCGAACAUAUUACCCGCUUCGGGUCCAAUCGGGUCUACCCGUCGUUCAGUUGCCCUUCAAAUCCGUCGUCCAUCAGGUCGGCCCCAAGGAAUCCUUAAUGUUACUGUGUCUGUGUUAGAAAACCACAGGCGAAGCAUGCCGCUUUCUAUUGUUAAUCCCCAAGAAGAGAAUAAAAAAACAACCCGACUGAAACCCGAACACGAAGGAAAUAUUGUACUACGUAGGGUCAAAAGUGAACGGUCAUGGACCACUAUGGAUAAUGAUUCUCGGGUAUCCGAUCCAACACGGAAGGGACCCGACCCUUACCCGGGACAAGGCCCAGCAUCAAGCUUAGGUGGUGGAUCAUCAAUUUGUAACUCGGAUGUGGGCCCAUCUGCCUCCGUGGUGGCGGAGGCGGUGGCUAAAGGGUUAUACAUGCCUCCGACGAUGACAUAUAAAAAUCGAGUUCGUGGUGGUAAUAAGACGGCAGCGCAUCAUGAUGAUGAUGGGAGCUCCAUCUUACAAUGGGCGGAUGAGAAUAGUGAAGAAGGGAUGAUGACAAAGAUCGAACGGUGGAAAAUGGAGUUGAAUAAGACAUCGAGGGUUGUAGGAGGGAGAGGUAAUAAUCUAGUAGGUGAAGGCUUACGGCAUGAGCAUAGACAUCAUCGACGUUCAAAAACGGAAGGUGGAAGAUUGUUCAAAUGUUUUGGUAAGGCAUAUGGGUUUGAGUUUACCAUCGUUUGUGGGGCCAACCAAGCAAAUCAAAGACACAAUAAGAAUGAUAAGAAAAAUAAUGUGCACCGUAAAGCUCCUUCGGAUAGUGAGACUAAUAGUCAAUCUUACAUAAUUUUGUGAUUUGUUAUAAUCCAAUGGAUGGUUGAGGUUGAGGAUAUUUAUGUCUCUUUAUAAUUACUUCAAUCAUUCAAAAUAUCAUACCAUGGAUACUUGUCUCCUUCCAAUUCUUUGUACAGUUGUUGGAGAGCCAACAUAGAAAGAAAAAUGAUGUUUAUGUACAUAAAAAAUUUAUUGAUAACUUGUAUAGUUAAAAGGAAUUUUGUAAUUGUUCACUUUGUUAAACUAAUUUUACUAGUGCAAUGUACUAGUGAUUUGUGUUCAAAGUUUAAAAUUGUAUAAUACAAACUCA